UUGGCAAUAUUGAUGACCUCCACCAGUGAAGUGAUUCGCUCUAAUGGGACGCUCAGAAAGAAAUUGUUUAGAAAGAAGUCCUAUGCUGGGAUAAUACUCAAUUUCCUGUCAUAUCACAAUUACAGUCUAAAGAUAGGGAUAAUGAGGAGCAAGAUCAUCCGAAGCCUACGCCUAACGGAUGUAGAGUUCUGGGAUGAGGAGCUGGACAAAUUGACGAGGAUAUUCCUCGGCAAUGGCUACCCUAGCGAAGUGAUACAAAGAAGCAUACGGGCCUCGCCGGUGCCUGAUAGUGACAUGGCUCUUGCCCUCAACCGCUACCUCUGCAAUAAUGUUCUGCCGUUGCUGACUCGACGCGCACACUUUUUAAACAGUAGCUAUCGCGAAAGCAGUGUCGGAAGCACUGUCGGAGGGGACGUAGGAGGAGUUGCUGGCGGUGGCGGCCUGCUUGAGGCAACUUUACACACCGCCUACCGAAUGUCCAAAUGUCGUGCCAUCACCAACAAUCAGAUGGCCGCACUUAGUCAGUUUUUGGUUGCAUUGAUCUAUCAGAUUGACCCACCAAUGAUGACACGACUGCUCAAAAAGAUGACUUUAGAUAUGCGCAAUCUAUCUAAAGAUGCUAAAGUGUCUAUUAGUUUCUAA